GAAAGAGCUCUCGUCCGCUGUCUCCUCGGGAACAAACGCUCCAAAAACCUGCCUUCCCCCUCCCCUAACCCACUCACCCUAUACAAGGGUUCUCUCUCAAAAAAGAUUAGUUGAAUUCUCACCCGCCGCCAUGGAGAAUUAUGAUGAUGGAUUCAUUGAGGAGCAGGAAGAACAAGAAGAGGAACGCACCCAGGAGAAGAUUAUUAACGAAGAAUACAAGACAUGGAAGAAGAAUGCGCCAUUUCUCUAUGACAUGAUUCUUAGCACAGCUUUAGAAUGGCCGACUCUGACAACGCAAUGGCUUCCUGAUAAGCAGGAGGUUCCCGACAAACCGUAUUCGACUCAUCGCCUACUGAUUGGGACACACACCUCAAGCGAUGCACAAAACUACCUGCAGAUCGCGCACGUUCAGCUUCCGAACCCGACCGCCCCUAACCCAGACGAUUACGAUGAGGACCGGGGUGAAAUUGGGGGGUAUGGCGGUAGCUCAAAGAAAGCGCCCAUGGAGAUCAAGUUCAACAUUGUCCAGAAGAUCGAUCAUAAAGGGGAGGUGAAUAAGGCUCGCUACCAGCCUCAGAACCCCAAUAUCAUUGCGACUAUGUGUACGGAUGGUCGAGUUAUGAUCUGGGACCGUUCAAAACACCCUAGCCUGCCGACAGGCACAGUCAAUCCCCAGAUGGAGCUCCUGGGACAUACACGCGAAGGCUUCGGUUUGAGCUGGAGCCCCCAUAGCGCUGGCCACCUCGUUACUGGCAGUGAAGAUAAGACUGUUCGCCUUUGGGACUUGACCACUUACACCAAAGGAAACAAGGCUCUCAAGCCUACUCGCACAUAUACCCAUCAUUCUUCCAUUGUGAAUGACGUUCAGUACCACCCACUUCACUCUUCUCUUAUCGGCACCGUCUCCGAUGAUAUCACACUCCAGAUUCUUGAUGUCCGUGAGGCGGGUACAACUCGCGCUGCCGCCUCUGCUGAAGGCCAGCACCGCGACGCCAUCAAUGCCGUUGCCUUUAACCCGGCUGCCGAAACGGUUCUCGCCACCGGCUCUGCAGACAAAUCCAUUGGCUUGUGGGAUCUGCGAAACCUGAAGACGAGGCUGCACACCCUCGAAUGUCACACCGACUCGGUGACCUCUAUCUCAUGGCACCCCUUUGAAGAGGCUGUGCUGGCUAGUGCCAGCUAUGACCGGAAAAUCAUGUUCUGGGAUCUUAGCCGCGCAGGCGAAGAGCAAACACCAGAAGAUGCCCAAGAUGGCCCACCAGAGCUCCUUUUCAUGCAUGGUGGUCAUACUAAUAGGAUCUCUGAUUUCAACUGGAACCUCAAUGAUCCCUGGGUUCUUUGCUCUGCCGCAGAAGACAACCUGUUGCAGGUGUGGAAGGUUGCGGAUGCCAUCGUCGGCAAGGAUUUGGAGGAUGUCCCUGCCGAAGAGCUGGAGCCAUGAUCAAUAUUAUACACUACCCAGAGUCCAAAAUGUCCUGCUACAUACAACCCAUACUGUAUCGUCCAUUGACAGUUGUAUCCGAAGGAGUAAUGAUUAAGCUUAUACCUAUCAUUUCCAGUACUAUUGUAUGAGAUUUUUUCUUCAACUUUACAAAAAAUAUAUCUACUUGAAGUUCAUAA